UUAACACCCACAAUACACUGCAUAACGGAAGUUCAUUUUGCAGGAAGUAAAGUUUCUAGGUUCAAGAUGUCUCAAAUGUCUGAAGAUCAGCUGUCCGAAAUCCAAGAAACAUUCAACAUCUUUGAUCAAAAGGGAGAUGGAAAGAUAGCAGCUUCUCAACUUGGGGAUGUAUUGAGGGCACUGGGCCAGAAUCCCACAGAACACGAAGUGAAGAAAUGUGGUUACAGUAGUAAUCCAGAUGCAAGGGUUUCAUUUGAGGUGUUCAUACCAAUCCUACAGACUAUCAGUAAGAACAGAGACCAGGCUACACUGGAAGAUUACAUUGAGGGUCUGAAAAUGUUCGAUAAGGACCAGAAUGGUUUUAUCUCUUCUGCAGAGUUGCGUCAUAUACUUACAUCCCUUGGAGAUAGAAUGACAGAUGAUGACUGUGACCAACUGUUUCAAGGACAGGAGGAUGCUCAGGGCAAUGUCAACUACGAAGAAUUCAUCAAGAUGGUAAUGAACUGUUAAGAUGAGAGUGUUUACCCAGACAAGUCAUUCCUGAGAUGGCCUGGAUUGUCCUGACAAUUUGGUACUGAGAUGAUCUGGAUGUUGCAUUUACAGACUAUAAACCAACUAUGUUAAUGCCUUGUGUACAGUGCUAUAUAAUGGGCCAUGCGAGCGUCCGCUGAAUGUUUGUACUGGAUAUUUAUAUGUAGAACAGUACAGAACAGAAAAUGACAAGCUACAGCACCCCUUCAAAUGACAAUAACAUUGUAAUCUGUUCAAAAUCUGUUUCUGGAUGGAACUGAAAACCGUAUGCAAUCAGAUUGUAUACAUUGUCAUUUUAGGAUGCAAUAUAAAACAAAGUUUGACGAAUGAAAUGGAAUCUCCCAUAACAAGAAGAAAUAAUUUCAGAAAAAUUUUGAUUCAUUUUUACACUUUUUAGUUUUCAAUAUACAUGUACAUCAGUAAUAUUUGUGUUUUCCGCUUGAGGGUUAUAGCUGAAAGUGCAGUAUUUAAAAAACAGACGUGUAUGGUUUCUUCUUCAAUUAUAAUUUGUAAGUCAAAGUAACAAACCAGGACUAAAAGCUAGUUUUAAAUGAGAACUUGCCUUUUCACCAUUGUGCACUGGAUGCCAGUUUUUAUAGAGUUAUUACAGAUAUAUAUGUUUAUCAAAUUAGCUGUUAAGUAGUUCUUUAUUUAAUGUUAACUGUCUUGUUUGCAGUUGAACUACAUGUUUUUCCUAUAGAGUUCAUUCCAAAGAGGGCUGUUAAAGCUACAGCAAGUAGCUGAUGUUCUAUUUUUAAUUCCAUUGGAAUACAAUUCAUUUACUGUUUUGCCAUAUGGUAUGAUAAUUACAAAAAAACAACCCACAAAAGAUCAAGAUCUGCAAUAAACAAGUUGGAAUGAACUCUGUAUCACCUUUCUUUUAUUGACCUUUGUGGACCACUUUGUUAUGAUUAUAGUACCAAGGACACUAUAUAUUCAUUCCAUAAAGCUUUACCAACAUGUGUUAAGUUUACUUCUCAGUGACCCCUAAACUUUAAUGUAAGGAUGUACAAUUUCAUUUCUAGAGUAUUCUAGCCUGCAAACAAAAAAAGAUAAAAACUCUACUAGCCCAAACUAUAAUUUCAUAGUAAAUAUUGAAAACUCCAACAUAAAAAAAAAUACUCGCCCCAGGCGUCAGCCUAUUGGAGUCGAACCCACAUACAGCCUGUCUGAUUUCUUUUCAAAUAUUUGCAAGGUGUAAGUAUAUUUUUACAUGAUAUUUUACUAUUGUUUAAGUUUUGGCUAAUGUGAAUGAGGAGGCAAGAACAGGCUAGAACUGUAGAAUGAUAUAAUCUUUUUCGUAAAUCGCUGUUAAACUGUGUCAUGUUAAAAUGCUGAGAUUUCAAAAAACUCAUGAUGUAUUCUGGUUUGUUUGGAGGACAUUAAACCCAUUGCAUAUAUAAUGGAAUGUAUGUACAGUUGAUAUAUUGAAGUAGAUACAUUUAUACCAAGAUGUAUGUAGGAAUGGAAGAUAGAUCAGCAAUAUCAAUAAUAGCUAGAGUUACUUAAGGUAUUGAAUUAUCAUUUAAUAUUUGCAUUAUUUAAUAAAAAAUGUAAGCUUCCAAA